UUAACAAAACAAGUCCAUUCUUGCCACCCGCGCUGCUUGCGCAGUAUUGUAUUUCCGUUUGUCGUGUUUAUACUUGGUUGAUGUUGUUUGAAGAAUACAUUUAUUGGACCAUCAAGAAGACAAUUCUGGUGCUGAAUUAAGCUACUCUAAUGAUGUAACUGGGAAUUCAGCAUAUUCGUCCCUACCACAAUAUAUAAGAAUGGAUGGUGCAGCAUCUGGAAACCAGACUGGCUCUACCAAUGACAGUGGAAGGGAUGACAGCUCAAACCAAGUGUCCUCACCAUCUGCUCACCGAGGAUUUUCUUCUGACGAGGGUUCAGGAUGGAGAUCAGAAACAGAAACAUCAGAUGGUAACCUUAGUCUGUCACAGUACCCAUUAGACGACAAAUCUGGAUACGAUUCGGCUCACGAUGGUGGCAGUAUUAACGACGAGGCAUUGUCCACUGCCAUUACAGAGGUAUCAAAGGACUUUAUAACAGGGAAUUUCUCCCCCAUGAGGAGCAUGAUGAGAUCUGGUGACAGUGACAGCAAUUCUGAUGGGGAUCAUAAGGGUCUGACUGGGGAUCCCAGGGGAGCUGUGUAUGCUAAUUACCCAGAAUCUGCGACAGGGAUGUCUGACGUUGAGUGGAACCCGUAUGAGUCGGACUAUAACCCUGAACCAACCCCAAGGUCAUCAGAAGAUGGUGGGCCUGCACAAAACCCACUUUUAGAUACCAUGGCCUCGGUAACUUCACAGAGAGGCAAAGACUCGGGGUACAGCACACAGACUGUCAAUACUGUGCCUAGUGUUCUACAACACCCUGACAAUGCUUCAAGUGCUAAGUCCGGCUCUGAUACAGGAUCUGGUGAAGACUCUGACAAAACCAGUGGAUCUUCCCAACCCACUUCUCAGCAAUUUUAUGCUAUAUUUUCUGACCAGAGUCGUGAUGGAGGGAUGCAGGUUCCAGGGGGUCAAGGCCCUGAAGGUCAAAGGUUAACAAGAAGAGACUCAGGGGAGGCUCUACCUGAAUUCAAAUCAGAAAAUGGGCAAAGAAAGCUGGAGAUGCCUUUGUUAGUUUUGAGGAAAUCAGCGGAAAGUGAUAAUAACUCUGGGCCAGAGAAUAUUCACAGGUCUCAAGUUCCAGAGCCAUAUUCUCUUCAAGCCAAUUCUGCCCCCGAUUCCAGGAUAGUGGUCACUAAACCUGGUGGCUCAGGUUUGAAUGAUGCUCCCAAACAGUCUGUAUCCACUUUUAACUCAGAAGGGGGAUCAAAAGCAAGAGAUGUUGCGUAUAUUCCUGUGCUUGACAGAGAACAUCUGAUAGGAUUGCCUCCAACUAACCCUGAAUCAAACGAACAAGAAGGAGUUCAAAAUGUGGUGUCAGAAAAUGGUCAUGUGCAGACAAUGGCAGCACCUGCAGCAACCACGAAUACUGUCACCCCAGCUCAUUUGAGUGACCCACAGUCCCGCAGUAACAUGUCACAGCGUGUCGCCAAACUCCUCAAUGAUGCAAGUUCAUUGGGUGCCUCACUUCACAAACAGUUGUACAGCAGGGAGUCAUUAGGCCUCGGGGAAGGCGACCAUUAUCACAAAGACAGACCAGCACUAGAGCCUAGACCUCUGGGGACCAUUGAAAGACCAUGUCCUGUUGAGUCAAGACCACCCCCACCUCCCUACGAUGUAGUUCAAGCAGAGAGAAAGAUUGAUGAAGUGAGAGAAAGCCUGGAGAAUCAGUCUCGAAGUGUUGGAUCCUUGGGAUCAAAUACUCAAAAUUUAUCAAAGUCUGAACAAAGUAUGACCUCGUCUCUUGGUGAAGAAGUGGCCAAACAUCUGGUGAAGAAUGAUGCUUCUGGUGCAGGCAGUCUGAAGCUUGACCUCAAGUUUGUUACCGAGGAGAGGGACCUAAGUAAUGAGAGUGCUGCUGAGCUGGAGGCUUUACAGCGCUACUACCGGCAGGAGCGGGAGACAGAGAGGUUGCUGGAAGAGACACGUGCCCGUCUUAACUCGGACCGCAGUACAGAUUCAUCAGACUCUCUCGGUCACCGAGUUCAGAAUGUUUUAGCAAAGACAGCUUACGUGGAAAAAAUGCAGUACCCACCUCCGGAACAGCCUCGAAAGACAGAUACAGCCUACAGCGUUGUUAAGAACCCUGUACAUAUAGACUACUCUAUGCUGCAGAGGGACCUACAGGACAUACAGAACAGCCUUAACCAACAGGUAGGGGAGGAGGCCUACAGCAGUCAUGCUCCACAGUCCAGGGGCCCUGACAUGGACAGAAGUGGAGAAAGCUUCUCCUCAAAUCCUGAAAGUGCACGAAACCGUAAACUUCUCUGGGAUCAUGCUGCAGACUUUGGAAUCAACGUCAGUGGUGCAGGGGUGUUCCUUGGGACGAUGAAAAACGAUACUGAGACCGAAACUGACACCUUAGGACUUACAGCUCUAGGAGAAUCUCGACCAACCACAGAUGAUGAGAGGCCGUCACCUGACCAAGGACGUAGGAAGGUGGAUGUUGUAGGUGACCAGCUGAAUUCUGAAUCAGAGCUUGACACUGGAAAUCUUGCUCCUGAUGUAGAAGAUAUCAUUCGAAAAUAUCAGUCUAGGAAAGGAGAUAAGGAGACAUUGGACAACUCUGGUUUAGCGAGUCGUGUUUUCACCAUCCUCACCAAGGAGCCACCACAGAAACAGGUGUUUGGUAUCCUGGAGGAGGCCAUGCAACAGGAACGUGUGAUGAUGGAGAGAAUUGCCAACCGACCAAAGAUGGACUCUAGUUAUGACAGCUACGAAUCACCAGAUGGCAGUUUUAUAGUUCAUGACAGAGACAUUAAGAAACAGUUGGAGUGGUCACAGAUGAGUUCAUUAAAUGGCAGCAUGCAUCCAGACAAAACAAAUGCCUCAGAGCUGUCCUUCCUGAAGGGUGGCAGACAUGCACCCUUCAAUGCACUAGGGAAUGCACAGAAGUACUUAUCAUCUCAGAUACAGAAAACCACAGAUCGUACAUUUGACCACAGUAUAAACCUACGAACACCAUGUCGUCAAGUGAUUGACUGCUACCCAGUGUACAGGGACGACCAAGGGCAGGUAAAUCCUGGAGCGGCCAGAGAAGCGUGGCCAGACCAGGGGGCCAAUCAGGAAGAUAACGUAGAGACUAAAGAUGAAGAGGUUUACCACGAAUUACAGCCAUCUCCUGUACGACCUCCAAGGGAACUGGAUCUCAAGGACACGGUGACACCACAGCUGGCCAAUGAACGUUUUUUUCUUACUGAUCUGGACAACUGCCCAGUCCAGCAACCGGACCAUCAGCGGCGAUACAGCGACCCUCGUGACCUCUCACCGGACUUCAGGAUUAGUCCCGACAGGGAGCGGCAUACCAGAAGUAGGUCAGAGGAGGCUGCACCAUUGGGUCAUGAUGAUAACUCGACAUCGUUGACUGACCGUAGACAUGCUUCAUCAUCUGCUGGUGACGAUGGCCGUCCGUCCAGCAGUAAGAGUGCCCGACUGUCGCGGUCUGGGAGUGACCGACAGGAAACAUACGGUGGCAACAGUCCGCAGUUAGACGGCAGCCCGUCCAGUAGUGGAGGUGUCAUCUCACCUGACGACUCGGACAACAGCUCACGUCGCCGGGAGGGAUCAAGGCUCCGGCCAUACAGACCUUACGGGAGCCGUGAUCUGUACUACACUGAGGACAAUGAUGACUCGGGGUCACUGAUUGACAGCGUCGCUACAGUGGAGAGUACACACACAGGCGACAUGUACAGAAACUGGGAUCAUAGUGAUGACACUUUCAAAUAUCUCCAUGACGACCAGACCACUCCUGUUGAUACUUAUAUGAGCAAUCACACAGAUUAUCGAAGCAAAUAUAAUGAUUAUACUCCAAAAUCUGAUUAUCACUCUGAACAUACUCCAAAAUCUGAUUAUCACUCUGGAACUUUCACUGAUUAUGGCAAACAUGAUGGCGAAAAACACAAAUAUGAUUAUGAGAAACGUGAUUAUGGCAAACGGGAUAUCAUCAGUGAUGUUCACCCAGAGAGCUCCUCUCGCGGUGUUAAAUCCCCUGUUUAUCUCUCGGACAGAAAGGAAUAUCAGAGAGAUUAUGACAGAAUGAAUUAUACUUCUGAUUAUAUGAGAGAUUUCCGAAGAGAGCACCAGAAUGGUCUAGGUCGUCAUGGUGAUUACAAGAAACAUGACAAUGGUUACCAUGGUGACUAUGCUAGUGGGCGACAUCAUUUCUCAUCGAGGGACUAUCGAGGUUCUGAUGACGCAGCUGCACCGUCAUUCCCUCCCCACUACCUGGGAUCUAGGCCAGACGGACCAAAGAAUGGUGGAGUUUACAGUAGUCAUCGACCGUCAUCAGAGGGACUCUCCACAAUUGAAGAAAAAUCCAUGGCUGACGACCGGGAAAAGUCUGGGACAGACAGUGGCCUAGACAGGCGCUCCAUGCAUUCUGGCAGCUCAAGGGGAGGAGAGAACACUGCAUCAACAGAACGGCAUCCAGACAGUGGCCUUGACCUUCUUUCAGGUCGUCCUGGGAGACAGGACAGUGACCAGGAUGAGCUUGGUCCACGCAAUAGCUCUAAACCAGCUUCUGCAGACUUGCGCUCACGGAGUGAUCUACCCUUAAAAGACAAAGAAUAUCGGAGGAGUUAUAAUCCCUCCAGACUUGCCUCAGAAAGUCAACGUAGGGAUGAACGUCUGUUGCCUGGUGAUGAUGUUCUUGGGGACAGAAUGACAGGUGAUGCAGGUACCUACAAUCAUAGGUACAGGAGCGUCGGGUCAGAGCGGUCAGAACUGACCUCUGCAGAGGUGCGAUCAAAGGAAAGGAUUGUCAGUGGUAUGGAGAAUAAAGACGACCCACUGUCAGUUACUACAAGGUCUGACCCUGGUGACAUCUUCACUCCUCACCCAGGCCUUGAAAGUGACUUGUCUGUCUAUCCACUAGACCGGCACUCUGAGGGACGAAACUAUUACCUACAGGACCCUGUUGGGGCCACAAGGUCAAGGUCAAAGUCAGAGACGGAUCUCAUUUCCAUCAGCCCAGAGAGUCACAGGAAUUCUUCACCUGUUCACAAUACUAGAUUAAUGGACUUAUCAUGCCAACCUUCCCCGAUCUUUUCCCAUCAUACAACAAUGGAUUCCCCAGCCAUUGCUGGUGGUAGGGGAAGCCCCAAGCAGGGGCAAGCUCUGGAUCACAUGGCAAGGUACACGGAAGAGAGGCUCAGACAACGACCUUUGGAGAAAGGACGAGACUUGAUAGAUCAAGGAAAAAUAGAUCGUUUGGACAAACAAAUUGAUUACAAUCCAAGGUUGAGGUCAAGAUCACUUGAUCCAGGAGAGACCCAUAGGGAACUUGAGGCUAGGGACAUCUACCAAGGUCGGUCAGCGGGACAGGAUGCAUAUCGCUCUGUGUCAGAUAGGGAGAUCUACCAAAAUUUGAGGGAGACUGGACGAUUAACUACAGGUGAUGGAGGUGAUGAGGUUCCUAAGGACAGUUACAGGACAAGAGGAAAUAAUCCACCAAUAGAAUAUGUCACACAAGCUGAGCGCCAGCGCCUCAUGAGCCCAUCCUGGGCAAAUCCAAAGAAGGACCAGCCUCAGAUUAAUGGCAGGGUUGACGUUACAGCCACUUAUUGUGACAAAACCGGACAGCCAUUGGACGCAGGCUACAGUCCAAGUGCUGACUACCCACUUGAGCCAGGUGUGCAGAUACCACUGCAACCAGGGGCGGAGAUAAUAGCCCGACCCCUGGAGCCAGGACGGGACUUCUCACCGGUGAGGGGUAGGAAUUCAGACCGUGGCAACUCACGAGGGGCUCCAUACAUGGACCUAGAGGGAGAUGGGCAGUUCAAGGAGCUAGAGCAGCUCCCUGACUCUGACUUUGAGGAUGCUAUAAAUGAAGAGAAAGAGAAACUACUGAAGGAGAAGCGUGACAAACUGAUCAGAGACCUGGAGAUGAAAGCAAGGUCUCAACACAAAUUUGUCCCCCUUGUGGAUGACGAAAGUGAUUAUGAUGAAGAGUUUGACAAGAGGCCCCCUAGCAAGCGUGUUGUCAUCCUCCGUGAGAGUCUAGAGAAGGAGUACCGUGGUUCUGUUCACCCAAACAUCAACGACAUGUGGCAGAGGUUCAAGGACGUAGAUCGCAGCAAUGCCAGCGAGAGCAGUAUGAACACACCUCGGAUGGAUACACUUACCAGUCUGAUAGAGAACCCCACCAAGCAUGUUGUCCAGAAGUACGUGGACGAUGUUACAUACGAACGGGCCAAAGAGAAUCGGCUGAUGAAAGAGAUUACCACAAUGAACGAGGAAGGAGAUAAAGGGGAAACAUCUCAGAAACAGGAAAAAUCAUCAAGGCAGCGAAAAGAGGCUGAUAGACUUAGACGAGAGGCAGAGUAUAGGAAAAGGUUAAGUGGGGAUGACGAAAGCAAUGGGAGUUAUGCUGAAAUCCUGGCCCAUCAGGAAAAGAAGAAACGAGCAGAAAAAGAAAAGAAAAACAAGGAAAAUAAAAAUAAAAACAAAGAAGCAAAUCCAGCUGGAGUCCAGAAGCUGGGAGACAGUGCAGAUACUCUUUAUUCUAUACCAGAGGACACAACCUUGGAAACCAUAUCACCAAGUGCAUUGAAUGACUCGGAGCUGAUGUUAAAGGCCAAGCGUAACCGGCGGCGACACGUCAUUGAUCCACUUAUGGUAAAGCUUCAUGACAAGGUUCGCCACCAGAGGGAUAAGAUCGACAAAGAGAGAAAGAAAGAGAUGCGAAGGAUGGACAAGCUCAAGAAAUUAGAAAUGUUACUCAGUGCUAAACAGAAGGGUAAACUUUCAGACAAGGCCAUUGGGGUAGAACUUGACUUGGUGUCAUUAACAACCUCUGUAUCAAUGACAGAUUCAUCCACUCUUUUAGAUACAGACUCCACAUUAACCUCGCAGGCAGAUUCCAAUAUUGCUGCUGUGGAUACAACUUCAUCUAAAGACAGCAGCAUAGAUGUACACCGCCAACUGCCAAACAGAAGUAGACAAGUUUCAUUUCAGGAAAAGGGCAGGGUCCUAGCACAAGGGAGAAUCUUAAAACAGAAUAGGGCCCCCACACAAACUACAGGUAUGCAGGCUGAUUCAGAAUCACAAAACGAAGACAGUAUUUUUCAUCGUCCAUUCUCAGCCAAGCAGAGAGAAGAACAUUUCAGCAGUGAGAAAAGAGGAAAGAAAAAAGGAAAGAAAGGGAAGACUGCUGAUAUCUACCAGGAACCGAAAAUCAGCCUCAGAAAUAAAGAAAACGUAGAGAGGUUUUUAGCACAGAUGGAGGAUGAUGAUAUAUAUGGUGAAGAGUUUGAAAAGCCAAGGAAGUUGAGGUCUCCCUCAUCUCGAAAGCACAAGUCUGUGUCGACAAUGUAUCCAUCUCCCAUUCAUGUCAGUCCGCCACGGCAACGCAGCAAGAAAUCUGGGAGGGUCACAAUGGUAUCAGAGGCUGUGCAGACGAGUCCUUAUGUCCCCUCCCACAAUGACCGAGGCGUUAUCCCUGUACCUCUCAUGUCACCAGAGAGAAGACGCAAACAUAUCUCAACCUCUCCCACUAGGUCAAGUUCCCGCUCUCCAGCAAGGCAAAGAUCAGCUCAUAUCUCAGUUUCACCUCUAAGGUCAAGGUCAAGGUCAAAGUCACUUGAAAAAAGCAGGACAACAUCAUUUGAGAUAAGUAUGUCACCAGAUAGAUCAACUGUGAAGGAGGUCAAAAGAAAGCCGAGGUCACCUGUGCUUAAGACGGACAUUGAUUAUGGAUACUUGUCUAAGGCCGUCCCACCGCCAAAGUCUCGGAUGUUUACUCCAGAAACUCCAGAGGAUACCUGCAUUGCCAAACUUCAGGAUAGCCCAGAGAGGGGUGUAUCCUGGUAUAUUCCUUUGCCUGAAUCUCGACCUUGGAGGCAGCCUCUUAAGGAACAGCAGGCGCAUGCUGUAAAACAGAAACCAUGGCAACCCAAAUCUAUGCAUCCUGCAGACUGGAAGGCUGUCGUUGGUAGUGACAUCCUCAAUAAAUCACGUGAUACAAAGUUUGACCUUGACACAAAAGGUCAUCGGAUAGGAGAUAGAAAUAUGGAUGCCAACAGCUCUGAUGAAGAAAAUUAUGAUUCAAAGCCUUUAACUAAAAUGUCUUUGCAGGAAGCUUUCAAGAAUUUCAAGCAGAACACAAUAUCUCGGGUAGGUGAACGUCAGAAGCGAGUCCAGUUGGCAGCACAUGAACGUCAGCUGCAACAAUACCUAGAACAGGAGAGGAAGGAGCUGUUCAACAACCAGGGCAACAAGAAGGAGUCCAACCCCGAAGCACAUCCCUACAGUGAAAAUCUGCACAAGCCAAAAAGGCGAUCAAUGUCAAAACGGGAAAUGAAAGACCUCACUAACAGAUUGUACAAGAAACUGCCUGAAGUUCAGGCCAUGAAAUAUGUAAAGAAACGAGACGAGGAUUAUUCACUGAAUCGCCUCCGAGCACGAGUCUUCAAUAGGAAAAUCCAGAGGAAUACUUUAAAGAAUUCUGACCAAGCAAGAUAACCUCUUCUGUGAACUGAUGUAGAAAAUGGUUUCCUUGAAAUCAUGGACAAUUUAGUUAAUUUAUACUUAGUGUAGCACCAAGUUUGCUGAAUAUAAUGGCAUUACCUUCGUGGCACAUAUGAUGGUAUUUUUUCUUGCAACAUUUUCAUGAUCUUUUUGAUUUUUUUUUUAAAGACAGCAGCAUAUUUAUUUUUAAACAGUGACUUCAAAUGAAAUAAGUUUUCCAAGAUCUUUGCACCAAACAGUUACUAGCAAUUAAAAUUUGAAAAAAUCAUGCAUAAUUCUCAAAGAGGUUAAUAAAAUUUUAAAUGUGCCAUAUACCAAGCCACUCUAGAAAACGCAAGUUGGAAGAACAGUUUAAGGUUGAUGCCGAUUUGUGUGGAAAAUUUCUGGUAAAAGUCAUAUAUAUUCUGUAUGUAAAUAUAUUGACCAGGUUGUCUCUGACAUUAAGCUUCUGUGAUAUGUAGAUAUACUUAGCCUUCGAGGAUACAUUAUUUAUUAUGUCAAAAUAAUGAUAUUGUACAUGGUAAUCAGAAUUGAAAAGGCUGUAUUAAACUGGUGAAGAUUUUUAUCAGUAUUUAUAGUGCUCCAGCAACAAGAAUCUUCAAUAUUGUAUAUUCUUCAUAAAGUUGCCAAACCCCUUUUACUAGGUAAUGGCAACAAUUUUCCCUUUAAAAUGGUGACAUUAUAACGUUUUACUGUAGAUCUGAAAGUAUCCUUUUGGUGACUUUUUAUAUACAGAUCUGAGAUAAAAGUGUUAUCAUUGUACAGAGAUUUGAAAUCGUUUAGCCCUGUCACAACUGUGGGUGGGUGGAAUUCUGGUGUGUUCCACUAUAACAGGGCUACUCAGGGCUAUGUGUGACCAUGUGUAUCUCAACAGAAACAGGUACUGGGUUCUUCGAUACAAAUUUUUACAUGAAGAUGAAUCCUUUGUUUAAAGAGAAAUACAUACAUUCGUUUGUAUCACAUUUAACUUAUUCAACAAAUAUAUGGAAGAUCAUGGUUUUCUGCUAUAGAGAACUGUCAUAAUUGAUUUCAUAGUGUUAUUUUUGGGAAAAUAUAUACUAUAUCAAUUUCGUGCAGUGCUGAAUAAUAAUUUCUGGAGAUAGCUAGAAGUAUGUACCGGUAGUAUUAUUAAAGUCAGUAGAAUCAUUCACUGUCACAAUUAAUUUACUUUACUGUGAAAUGACAAUGUUGCCAAAUAACCCUGUAUACAAUAUAUGGUUACCAUACCAUACAUGUAACAUGGAGGAUUUCUCAUUACCCUGUAUACAGCAUGGGUACAGUUGUAUGUACCGUAUGAUUUCCUCUAAUAGGUGUUUGUUAAGUUUUAUAACUUCAACUCAGGAUCUAUAACUAUUUGAAGUAAAUAUUCUCUUGUAAUAUGUAUACAGAGUUGAGAUUUAGAGAGAAACAAAUGAUUACGUUAGUUGUCUUGUAAUAUGUAUACAGAGUUGAGAUUUAGAGAGAAACAAAUGAUUACGUUAGUUGUCUUGUAAUAUGUAUACAGAGUUGAGAUUUAGAGAGAAACAAAUGAUUACGUUAGUUGUCUUGUAAUAUGUAUACAGAGUUGAGAUUUAGAGAGAAACAAAUGAUUACGUUAGUUGUCUUGUAAUAUGUAUACAGAGUUGAGAUUUAGAGAGAAACAAAUGAUUACGUUAGUUGUCUUGUAAUAUGUAUACAGAGUUGAGAUUUAGAGAGAAACAAAUGAUUACGUUAGUUGUCUUCUGACUUAGUGUUAAUAUAUUAUAAACUUACAAACUUACUAUAACUAGCAUUAUAGCUAGGUCUAUAUUUAUGGAUAAAACUAUUAUCUUGCCAUAGGUGAAUAGAUGUAACUUACUUUGAGCUAGUAAUAUUGUAUCAAUAGGUUUUAUAGAAGAUUUUAAUUGCAAACACAACUUUGCCUUAAUCACGUAUAUGUUUAGGUGUGUGUGGUGGUGUAGUUCCUGUAAGAAGUGAGUGGUUUAUGGGUAGCGUAACCAAUGUAACAUGAUACAGGUAGGUCUAUAAUUAUAUAUAAUGGCUACAGGUAUCAAGUAUAACAUGUAUAUUUCAGCAUUAAACAAAAUAAAACUGUAUU